AGGAGAGGAAUGGACGGCUGUGAUGAGUUGUGCGUGCAUCCAGGCAUAGAUGGUCUUGCCUUGCAUUUUCCCCACGAGAGCCCACGAAGGCAGUGGUUUGGCGCGCGCGGCGGCGACGGGCACGCUCCCUCCCUUCCCCGUCCCUCGCCCCCUAAACGGAAUCUAACCGCCGCCCGCCACCUUCGCGCGCGAAAUCUCCCCCAUCCCUUCGCGCCGCCGCCGCCGACCACCAGCCAUCCCGGCGACAAGGCUCUAUCCGGCUGUUCCGCCAAGAACCCAAUUUUCUCGGCGCAAGAGACGCCGGGGGGAAGGCAGGGCCCCAUUCCGGCGCGGCGGGACCAAUGGGCUCCGGCGAAUAGCUCGAGCACCUCGAGCUCGCCGGGACCACCGAGGCGGCGUCUGUUCUUCCCGGCGUGAUGACAGGCAGGGGAAUAAGUAACCGAUCCCCAAGCUAAAGCUAACAUUUUCCGUGCCUGGCUGUUUAUCUGCGGCUCUCUCGUCCGGCUCUUUCUUCCUUUCUCCGCAUUGGGAAUUUGGGCGUGUCGGCCAGCGACGGUGGGUAGGGAACUGGCGCCUUGCUGCCGGGCCGCUAUUUCCCGAGAGGAGGCGCUCCCGCUGCCAUGGGUGUGCGGCAGGGGCUUCAUCACGGCUCGGGACUCCAGCUGCUGUUUUCCUUCCUCAUGCUGCUCCAGGCACAGGCCGACCGGGGCGCGGCUUCGAUCAACGGUGAAGGACUGGCGUUGCUGGAACUGAAGGCGAGAGUGGAGGCUGAUCCCCAUGGAGCUUUCCAGGAUUGGGAUCCCAUGGACAACAGCCCGUGCAGCUGGUCAGGCGUGCGAUGCUUAGACGGUAAAGUAGAGAUUCUAAACCUAACAGGUCGAGAAUUGGCUGGGACUCUUGCUCCUGAAAUUGGAAGCCUUCGACGCCUGAAAUCACUUCUACUUCCAAAGAACAACUUCCGUGGGUGGAUUCCCAGAGAAUUCGUAGGGUUAUCUGCUCUAGAAGUACUAGAUUUGAGCAGCAACAACUUGGAUGGAACAAUUCCAGAGGAACUAAGGGCAAUGCCACUUCUCAAACAACUAUCACUUCAUGAUAACCAGUUCCAAGAAGGUGUCUCUUCUUUCACCAUCCAAGAGAUAGUUGAUGACCAGUCAGGAUGCUUGAGCAGAAAACUAGGAUGCUGGUCAGACUUUAAGGAUUGGAUAUCUCUCAGUGGCGUCCGAGAGAAAUAUUACACCAAUGUACCAAGUUUCAGUGAGGCACACAUCAUGCAGAAUUUGCAGUCCUUUGCAAGUGCCAUGCGCCGCAGGAUUCUCAGUGAAGCUGACAACCUGCCUGCUCUUUUGGGGAAUGAUGCUAAAUCUUCUGUUCCAGAAAAUACAAAAGAAAUUCAAAGACCUCCUGAUGUGCUUUCUCUAGGAAGCGGUUCAUUCCCUGCAUUUCCCAAGAUAUAUGGCGAAGCUCUGACACCUUUGGUUCCCGAAGCAAUUGAUGCUGCCGCAUUGCAGCAGCUGUCUACAGAAGUGGCCAAGUCCACUGAUGUUGAGAUGUCUGAUACGAAAUACAGCAAGUGGGCAUAUCUGAUCACAAUUCCAGCUGCAAUAUUGCUAAUUAGUAUGCUAGUUUUGAUACUUUUGGUUUGGCGGAAGCGAGGUCGUACACCAAUAGCCCCUUGGAGAACAGGACUAAGUGGCCCUAUUCAGAAGGCACUUGUAACAGGUGUUUCAAAACUGAACAGAGUUGAGCUUGAAGCUGCUUGUGAGGAUUUCAGCAAUAUCAUCAAUACUUAUCCAUCCUGCACUGUAUUCAAGGGGAUAUUAUCAGGUGGAAAUGAGAUCGGUGUUGUCUCCACUGUCAUAUCAUCGAGCAAAGACUGGUCUAGGAGUGCAGAAACGUGCUUCAAGAAAAAGAUAGAUACCAUCUCAAGAGUUAACCACAAGAACUUUGUCAAUCUCCUCGGCUAUUGCCUAGAAAAUGAGCCUUUCAUGAGAAUGAUGGUGUUUGAGUUUGCUCCACAGGGCAAUCUCUCACAGCAUCUUCACCUCAAAGAAUUUGAGGAUCUGGACUGGGCUGCGAGGAUGAGAAUCAUCAUGGGCAUUGCGUACUGCCUCGAAUAUAUGCACCACGAGUUAAAUCCUCCCAUUGCAAUACACGAUGUGCGGUCCGACUCAAUCUUCAUUUCAGAUGAUUUUGCUGCCAAGCUGGCAGAUGUUAGUAUGUGGAGCGAAUUCGCCGCCAAAGCAAAGGCUGGGAAGGAGGAUGGCAGCAGUCGCUCUGAAGCUCCUCCGGAUCUCCCGAGCAACGUCUACUGCUUCGGCGCGCUUAUGAUCGAGGUCAUAUCUGGGAGGGUUCCUGAAUCCGAUGAUCACAAACCUAUGUGCAGCUGGGCUUCUGAAUAUCUGAAAGACAAGAACUACAGCAAGCUCGUCGACGAGUCGGUGAAGGAGCGCAAAAGCAACGAGCUGGAGGCCGUCUGCGAGGUGAUCGAGGAGUGCAUCGACCCCGACCCGACGCGGCGGCCGACGAUGAGAGACGUCGUGGACAAACUGCGAACUGCUCUUGGCAUCUCGCCUGAGUCAGCGGCGCCGCGGCUGUCGCCGCUCUGGUGGGCGGAGCUGGAGCUACUGUCGGUGAAGUCAACUUAG